ACGUCCUCAUUUUCUCAGGCACAUGGCUCUGUUUCCGGAUGCAGUGUUUUCGUUGGACUAAGACUAGGUGUUUGUCAGUGUGAUGGUUUACUAGAUUUGUUUUUCUGUUUCUUGGCUGCUUUGGUUUUUUCCGAGUGGUGUGGUGGUGCGUGGUGGAUAGUGGUGGUCAGAGGUUUUUAUUCAUUAUAUUGUGUUUUAUGGUAGGGACGUGUUGAGUGGCAGAGAGUAGUUGAUAUCACAUUUCAAUAGUCUUUACGGACAUAUGUUUUAAACGUGGUGUUAAUGGAUGUGAUCGACUAUCUAUAUGGUUUGUACUUUGCGGUUCAAAUUUGUUCAACGGUAGCUUAACUGAAGCUAACUCGGAACAAAAUAGACAAGGGAAAUUGAAGAAGAAGACUUAUCUACACUAUGAGAAUUAUUUUUUUGUUUUCGUUAAAGGUAUUAGAAGUCUGUCUGCUACUGCUGGAACGGGAACACCUAAUUUAUCUUAUUUCGAAACAAUAUCAGUUUGUUAUUGCUAAUCUGACAUCAUUGAUGUGUCUUUGUUAGUUUUGGGUCUAAAAGACCAUUAGUUUUUCAUUAUGUAUUGUUCUUCUACGAUGCAAUAGAUGCAAAUCAUUAUCAAUAAACAAAGCGUUAAAAAAAAAACUCUCCACGGGAUCUAAAUUUAUAUUUGUAUGCUAAUUGGUCUUGGCCCGGAAUAAACUAAUUAUCAAAUGUAUCUCAUGUUGAAAAACCUUGAAUUAUUUUCGAUAGGAAACGUAUGCUUGGACUUUUGAACUGGGUCUCGGGAUUCGUCUUGGGAACCUUGGAUUAAAAUGUCUUGUAUACAGUGUAGCAUCUUCAGUUUGGUUUGGCUUCAAAGUGAUUGGUCGUGCAUGUUCAUGUUUGAUUGUUGCACGGCUGAAAAAUUAAUUUCAUUAGUAAAACUUCACUACUUACAGUAUUCUUGAUUCUCAUGAUGCCAAGUGCAGAUUUAUAUGAUUCUUGGUGAAAGGUGUCAAUGAACUGAUUGUAAAGGAAUAAAAGGAGUUACUGAUUAUAAAGGAACAAAAGGACUUACUCCUACUCGGAAUCACCUAACAAAUAAUAUACGAGAAAAUAAAACAAUGAGCAAUAAACAAAUCAGUCAACAAAACCACAAGCAGUUUCUCCAAGUAAACCACACAUAUUUCCUACCAUCAAGCAAUUUCAAAAUCAAUAAACAAAGCAAUUUUCCAAACAUAUUUCCUUUCAUCAAGCAAUUUUCCAAAUCAAUAAACAAGUAAACCAGACAUAUUUUCUUCCAUCAAGCAAUUUCUCCAAGUAAACCACACAUCUAUUAUAAAAAUCAGUAAACUCACUCAUCACUUCAAACCCAUGCAACCAAUUUUUUGCACAAAUGAGAGCUCGUACAUCAAAAAAGUCGGCUCAUAUACUUGUUAUGUACACAACUUCCAAUGCUGAAUGACGACUCCGAAGACACGAUUCUUAUGGAUAUACAAAGUACAUCAUAUGGACAGCUCUUUAAACCGGAUUUCGUUGUCUUUCCAAUAUUUUAAGACAUUUAGAUUUUGAAAGACAACCAUAUCGAAGACUGAUUCAUCCCAGUAUAACUCUAAAGCUAAUUUUUCUGUUCCCACAUUUUGAGAAAAGAAUUCUUAAAACCUUUUGCAUUAUAAACAUAAAAACAAUGAUUAAGAAUACACCAAGUACCAAAACCAUUAAUACACCAUAUCUAGUGGUAGACUAUUCUCCAACAAGGUUUUUUGAUGUUCUCGUAAGAGUGCUUUUAGGAUUCUUCUUAUAAAUUCCAUAUAAAGUCUUUUCAUCUUUUUGCGGAUGUAAUCCAAUUUUGACUUGUUAAAAUACGGAAGAUUCAUCACAAAUUCGAAAUGCACAAUUCAUUAAACCUAAUAAAGAUUUGAAAUUUUACCAAAUUAAAGAAAGCAAUAUCUUUUCAGAUUUGCAGAGUGGAGAAAGUGAGGAACAUGAGUAGAUGACAUACCUUCCAUGUUCCUUGAAGAAUGAUGUGAAGAAUCACAUAAAGAGAGCUAAUCAAGUUGAUGGCGAAGAAAAAAUUUAGAUUUUCCCUAAAUCUUUUUAACCUAAAUAUUUUAGACAUUUGGGUGUGCAAUGUUCAUUUGGUUUAGCCAAUUUUUAUCGUGGACGCAUUUGGUUUGCCCAUUUGAAUAAAUUAAAAUUUUGGUCAAAUGUGAGCGAAUUCGGAUUAGUCUAAAACAAUUUGGUCAUGAAUAGUCAGCUCAAUUGAUAUCUCUAGUAUAGGAUAAUUCUACAAGUCCCCUUUCUACUUGGUACUGACUCUUCAAACGUGGCUAAAGAUUAUAUGAGAAAUUUAUAUGUAAAAAGUUACCUUAACAAAAUAAAUGAACUUGUCAUUCAAAGAAAAAUAAAUGAACUAAUUGGCAAAAAGAAAAGUCAAUGGUUGAAAAUAUACAAAUGUUAUAAAAUAAUGAGUGUAACAAGUCUUUUUGUUUUAAACAGUUACUAGAUUCUGAAAAGUGAGGAUAUAUUUUUUGUUUUACAUUUUUUUAGGUCUUUUCAAUUGGUAAUUUAAAUAUAGGUCUAAUGGCAUAAAACAUAAUAAAUAAUAUUCUAAAUAAUGAUAAAGAUAAAAGAAAUAAUAGUUGGACCAUACUUUUAUCAAUGAUCACACUGCUAUUUUAAUAGAAUAGAAGUUUAAAAAUAGUUGUAGUAGUAGUAAGUUUUAUAAAUGUCAACAUAUCAUCCCUGUUUUGUUUUUCAAGUAGGCAUGGGACAUUUUGUAUUUAAUAGUUUAGUUAGAAAAUGGGAACCAGUCUUUAAUAAUACGAACCGUACAUGUCUGUCUGAAAAAAGCAAAAAGCCAAAAGCAUUUUUUGAAAAAAAAAAAAAAAGAAGAAGUUAAGGUCCGUCGCGAGAUCCAUCUGUCCGCUCACUUUCAGGGACUCCAUAGAUAUUACAACGUGCAGCGAAUCUCUCUUCUUCCCAGACAAAACAAAAAGCAUGGAAUCGGUACAUUCUAGCAGCGGAGACGAUGCCAGCGUAAGAAGGAGUCUUGAACCGUCGAUUGGUGCAUGGCAUUUCCAAAUUGCUAUCUAUUUCGCCUUCGGAUUCUUCUUUCUGAGGCUCUUCCUCGACACGUUCGUCUUUCAAAGGAUAGCUGUAUGGCUAUUGAGCACCACUUCUUCUGCGCCAAUUAAGCUCAAUGAUGCUGCUACUCGGGCUAAGAUCGUUAAAUGCAAGGAGUCUCUAUGGAAGUUCUUGUACUAUGGUGCCUGUGACAUAUUCGUUCUCAAAGUCCUUUUUCACGAGCCAUGGGCCUACGAUGUAAAACUCUACUUCCACGCCUGGCCUCAUCAAGAAUUGAAGCUUCCAUUUAAGCUUUACUAUAUGUGCCAGUGCGGUUUCUAUGUCUAUGGUGUUGCUGCCUUGCUUGCUUGGGAGAGCAGAAGAAAAGAUUUUGCUGUUAUGAUGUCUCACCAUGUGAUCACAAUCAUCCUCAUCGCCUACUCAUACUUAACUAGAUUUUUCCGAAUAGGGGCAAUCAUACUCGCCCUUCAUGAUGCAAGUGACGUGUUUAUGGAAUCUGCUAAAAUUUUCAAGUAUUCUGAAAAGGAGUUUGGAGCAAGUGUGUGUUUUGCAAUUUUUGCUCUCUCUUGGCUAUUGCUACGGUUGAUUUACUUUCCAUUUUGGAUCAUCAGGGCCACCAGCAUUGAACUCCUGGAUCAUUUGGAUAUGACAGUAGCUGAAGACACCAUCAUGUACUAUUCCUUCAACACAAUGUUGCUGAUGCUUCUUGUUUUCCACAUAUAUUGGUGGUAUCUCAUUUGCGCCAUGAUUGUAAGACUACUUAAAAACAGAGGAAAAGUUGGAGAAGACAUAAGAUCCGAUUCAGAGGAUGAUGAAUAGGCUUUUUUGAAAGCAUGACAGAUAGGGAACAUGUUUCCACUUCUCCAACCAAAUCAUUUAAGCGGCUGAAGAAUUUAUUCCCAGCUUCAUUACCUUACUGAUUAGAGUUGGAGGAAGAAGAAAGAUUAUAGUUUUUUUUUUGACUCAGUUUUGUAUUGGUCGAGUCCAUUUCGACAUUAGACUGCCAUAUUCUCUUUUGACAGAAAACAAUGUGCAAGUCACUUUGUAAAUGCAAUUCCACUCUUAGAUUUUUAUCUCACAAAUCAGCUAUGUUCUUUUUCUUUCUUUCUCAAAGAGAACUCUGAAACAACAAUCAAAAACAAACAGUAAGACGAACAAAGACAUAAAAGGACAUUACAAAACCAAGAAAAAAAACAGAAAAAAAAAAAACUGUCGUAUUACAUCACACCCCCAUCAGAUUAUCAAC